CUAAUGUAAUACCCAUUCCUGAAAUCCGAUAGGGUCAAGCUUGCUUGCCUCGUUCAUGUUCCUUGGCCCGGUUCGACGAUUGUUCGUGGUCACCAAGAGCGUGUUUGCUUGCAGCUCUUCGGCUAGGUUUCACCGUACCAAUAUCGCACGAACGUGAUUCCUGGCUCCGGCCUCAGUAAGUUGUCUUGUACACGGGUUACGGUAUAACCAAGGAGCAGACACACAUUAUAAAUACUCCGCCCAGGGCCUGUUUCUAACAAGAUUAUUACCCUGCAUACCAGAAAAGCCCCCUUCGGCAGUUGUUAACACGUUCAAGUCCUAGUCACGCCAGCUUAAGCAGACAAUAAUUUCCGCCACAAUCAAGACUUGGACUUCGAAACCCCCUGUGGCUUUAUGGAUUCCCAAUCUCACUCCAAUCAACAGCUGACAGUCCCAUUGACGGUCUCCGACAUCUCAACCUCGAGGACAAACGUACCCGCAGACUUGCCUCCCACGUGGUUGCUCUCACUAGCAUCAACGGAUUUCUCCCACUUCCCAUUCCAUUACCCAAAGGUAAAGGGUCCAAGACGGACUGAAGGUCGCGGCAACAUUCCAGCGGCGACAAAACUUGUUGCUGCAGAAGCGAUGCACGUUCCAUACUACCACCAUCCAGGAUGGGUACGCUACCCCAAUAUCUUCGCUGGACGGGGCAUUGUUGCCCUUUCCCUUUCAACAUUGCUUGUUUCUGCGUUGGGGGUCUGGCUACGACGAACUUGUCGGCUGCCGAGCAAGAGAAGUCUUAUGGGGAACAAGAUGACGUGGAGGAAUUGCUGAUGUUGAAAAAUUGACUAGAAUAGUCAGAUACGAGAUAGAACGAUAAUGUC